AUGACCGAAUCCCACAAAGGGAUUUGCAGCGCUCACCAGUCUGGCGUCAAGAUGAGAUGGUUGGUCCGGAGGCACGGCUAUUAUUGGUCGACCAUUUUAAAGAACUGCAUAGAAUAUGCGAAAGGGUGUAUCAAGUGUCAAAUCUACGGCCCCAUACAAAGAGUACUAGUUGAAGCCCUCCACCCGGUUACUAAACCAUGGCCGUUCAGAGAAUGGGCCGUGGAUAUCAUUGGCAAAAUCUACCCAGCCGCGUCCAACCAGCACGCCUGGAUUUUGGUGGCAACUGACUAUUUCACUAAAUGGGUCGAGGCGGAGUCCUAUUGGUCCAUUUCUAGCACACAGGUGGUCAGAUUCUUCGAAAAUCACAUCGUCCCAGUUUUCGCAUCAGUCGAGACUCGAGAAUACGCCGAAAGGAUAGGAAUCAAAUUGGUCCACUCGACACCCUACUACCCACAGUCUAACGUACAGGCCGAGGCGAGCAACAAGGUAAUCAAGGGCAUCCUCGAGAAAAUGAUUGAGGAAAAACCUAGGGCAUGGCACGACUUACUCCCUGAAGCCCUUUGGGCUUACCGAGUCUCAAAACGAUCGGCUACUGGCACAUCCCCUUAUGCCUUAAUCUACGGCCAUGACGCGAUCGUUCCGAUUGAGUUAAAGGUUCGGUCUCUCCGUGUGACCGAACGACCUGGGCAGGAAGAGAAGGACUAUGCGCAAGCCAUGGCUCAGGGGUUAGAAGAUUUGGAGCAAUCCAGACUCGAUGCUUAUAACCUAAUGCAAGCACAAAAGCAGAUCGCGGCGAGGGCCUACAACAAGAAGGUGAAGCAAAAGACUUUCGCCGAAGGCGACUUGGUCUGGCGUGCCGUGCUUCCUAUCGGGACUAAGGACCCUCGGUUCGGCAAAUUCUCACCCAAUUGGGAAGGGCCGUUUAUUAUCGAACGAAUUCUUGGCCGAGGUGCAUUCCAGUUGAGAGAUAGGGAUGGAGAAUGGCACAACUUGCCAAUAAACGGCCAGUAUUUGAAGAAAUAUACCCUGUCAUUAUGGGAGACGGCCAAGAAUGGGUUAAUGGAGUACAAAACACGACAAAGAUGA